AUGGGGUCUCAAACACUUAGACAUGACAGACUUUCACUUUUUUUCACUGCACUAGAGAUAGUGGGAUCCAAAGUAAGAAUAAGACAUAAUUAUAUUCUCACACAGCCCUCAGAGAAAGGACUGGUCAAGGGUGUGGUAAGUGGUUAUGUACACAUUAAAAAUGUUGCAUGCAACAAAAACGGUUCAAUGUGUAAUGGAAGCUCUGAGGAAGGAAUGAUUUCCAGUGGAAGACUGAAUCUCGUGGAGAUAACAGCUUCUGAGCUGUUCCUUGAAGAUUGGGGAUCUGGAGAAGAAAUGUUCAUGCCAAGUGCACAUGUAGAAAGCACAUGCUAG